AUGAGUCAGCUCACUGCUGAAGAGCUUGACAGUCAGAAAUGCGCCUCUGAAGGUCUCACCAGUGUUUUGACAUCUAUUACCAUGAAAUUUAACUUUUUAUUCAUUACAACAGUUAUUUUACUCAGUUAUUGCUUUACUUGGCUAGCUAUCCGAGCUCUUUGGAAGAAUAAUAUAUUCUCAAAUUCAACGCGGCUAAUUUUAAUUGCAUGUUUGCUGAAUUCAGUUGUCCAUCAGACUACGAUGCUGGAGUCACGGAUGCGUCAAACUUACCGAAGCUUUGUUUUUGCAUCCGAACCUUGCAAUCUAUUAUAUCGCUCAUCCGAUUGUGUCUUUGAACUUCAUUCCUAUUACCUCACUGGCUAUUUCUCCACUUAUUCAGUUUGCUCUCUCGCUUUUGACAGAUUGGUAUCACACUACAAAUCAAAAUUCUACCACACGCAUCAAUACUUCAUCGCAGUAUCUCUGCUAGUCCUUCAGCUUCUUCUCACACUCGUAUCGUUUUAUAUUGCAUAUUAUGGAGUCCAUCUUGCAGGUUAUGUGCCAGUGUGCAUUCAUUAUCCAAGAUUAGCUGUACACUAUAGCACAGUUAACACUGUUCGCACUGUAGUCAUGGUUUGCUGCCUUGUAGUCACAGGGUUUAUAUACUAUCUUAGCGUAAAGUCAGAGAAACAAAUCCAAAAAAGCAGUUAUUCCCCUGGAAAACGAUAUACUGCAUACGAAAAUGUUACAACAUCCCAAUCAGUGUGCAUUUUGAUUGUUCUCAAGCUUUUCUGUAAUAUGCUAUCGUCAAUUGGAAUCAAUUUGCUUCUGCUGAUGGGAGAAGUUGUGUCAGAGGGAACAUUUGUUCUAGUAGCUUUGUUCCUACCGGGAGUGACCUACGCGAAUCUAUGCCUUCCGCUUGUCAUCUACUUCAAAACAAAACUAAUAAUUCGAAAUAGGAAAUUUCGAAUCGCAGUAAUGACAUCAAUGUAUGGUGAUGCCGGAGAGCAUAUUGAUCGACUGAAGAAGAGUUGGGAGUAA